UCUAGAGUUUCAUGCUUUGAAGUUUGAAGUUUGAACUUGAACAGAUACUAGUCAAAUACAAUACAAAUUACAAAGCCUCCAUUUCCUCAACUUGAUUAGAUUGGCAUCUUAUUAAAGAGAUUGGUUUAUUGUGUUAAUGAAUCAUUAAGCUAUUAAAUUUGUUGAUCACUUACAUCUUAGUUCUUAAAAAUAACUUUUGCUUCUUGUUCCAAACUUUUUUCUUUUUGCUGCAGUCUUGUUUCUAUCAAUAUGUUGGUGAAAGAAUUUCCUCAAGAUUGUUGGGAAUCAGUCUUCAAAUUCCUUGGUCAAGGACAUGAUUUGGAGUCUGUUUCUAUGGUCUGCAAGAAAUUUCUUUCGAUUACAAACCAGGUUAAAUUCUCUCUAACACUACAUGAUCCCGUUGUUCUAUUCGUUCCUCGGCUACUCUUAAGAUUUUUAAGGCUCAAAGUCAUAGAUUUUAGUCACUUCAAUGGUGAACUAGAAGGCUUGCUUCAUGAAAUUUCACAAUCUGAGCUGGACCUUGAUUUGGUUAAUCUUUCCAACCAGAGAACACUUCCUGUUGAUGGAUUGCGAGAACUUGGUUCAAAGAUGAUAAACUUGAGGGUUUUGAUUUGCUCAAACAUUGGCUGUCUUCGUGAUAGCCAUCUAGUUGUGAUAUCUUAUUGUUUUCCAUUUCUUGAAGAGCUUGAUAUUAGCUUUCCUUUGGAUUCUCAAGCAUCGGAUUUUGGAUUACUAAGGCUAUCUUCAAUGCUCGAGAAUCUGCGCAAGAUUGAUUUUUCCGGAAAUCACUUGAUCACCGAUAAAUCUCUUUUGUCUCUAUGUGAGAACUGCAGAUCAUUGGAAGAAAUUUCAUUCUUCAAAUGUUUCAAGAUAUCCCAAGUUGGAAUCGCUUCUGCAAUUCGAAUGAGGCCGAGUUUGGCUUCUAUUUCUUUUAACAUUGAAAAGAAAAGAAUACAUGGACCUGGUUUGACAACCUCACCCAUUAACUUGGAUUUGAUUGAUUCAUUUGUGAGCUUAAAAAGAUUAACUGCUAUUGAUUUGUCAAAUUCUUUUAUCUCGGACGAGUUACUUAUCCCAGUCGCAAACAGCGCUGUUGAUUUUCUGAAAAAACUUGUGCUCCAGGACUGUUGCAACUUUACAUUUUCAGGAAUCUUUUACCUGUUAUCCAAAUGUCCAUAUGUUCAAUGCUUAGAUCUUCGAAAAGCCGACUUUCUAACAGAUAAAUGUAUCAACAAGUUAUCAGUAUUUCUUCUUAACUUGACCUCUAUAAACCUUAGUGGUUGUUGCCAGCUAACAAACUCAACCUUUUUCAUCCUCACAAGAAACUGUCCUUUACUCAGUGAGAUCAAAAUGGAGAGAACAUAUAUCGGGGUACAAGGCGAGGAAAACUCCAAUUCCAUGUCUGAUUUUGUCGUCAAUCUUCAAGUGAAAGCGGUUUAUUUUGGUGAUAAUAUUUUACUGAAUGAUGCAAGUUUAAUAAAAUUUUCUUCCAUUUGCUCCAGUUUACAACUUCUUGACUUAACUGCUUGUGAGGGUAUAUCUGGACAAUGUAUUGUUGAGGUUAUGAAGAUAUGCUAUGAGAUAAGGCAUUUAAACCUUUCCUAUACAGGAAUUGAAAAAUUUGAGAUACACUUUGAAGUUUCCAAAUUGAAGGUGUUGAACUUGUCGGGAUCAAGAAUCGAAGAUGAAUCACUCUCAUUAAUCUCAAAGUGGUGCAGUGGACUAUUGUUUUUGGACAUUCAGAAUUGUUGGUUUGUUACAACUAAGGGAGUAAAAGAAAUAAUAGAAAAUUGCAUACAGUUGAAAGAGUUAAAUUUAAGGAAUUGUAGUUUGGUGGAUGGUGAUUUUGUUUGUGGACUAAUAUGUACAAGGACUUCAUUGAGAAAAAUAAUCACACCUUCUGGUGUUGAUUUUUAUUACUGAAUAGAGAAGUUGAGGAGUUUCAAUGUGACAUAUAUAUCAUGUCUUGUUUGUUAUAUGUUCUAUAUUUAAUGUGUGGAUAGCUUUUUUGUGAUAAAAGAAGUUGAAAGUUGUGUGUGUUUAUCUUUGUUUAUGUAAUGAAGCACGGACACAGACACGGACACUGUCCAACACAGGACACGCCUAACUUGAGGAGUGUCCGUGCUUCAUAUUGUAAUGUUACAUGUUCCAAAUCAUGGAAGUGUGAAGGAACAUUUUGUUAGCAUAAAAAUUGUUCAAUAUUUAUUAACACAUUGUAAAUUUAAUGCAGUCAUUGUUUUGAGAAGCACAAGCAAAUACAGAAAUUGAAACUUUGCAGAAACUGAAAAUUAUUGUGAUUAAAGUAGUCCAGCUUCCUUAUAGCUCUUAACAGAAUCAAUGAGUGUUUCCUCCAAAGGCCUGAAUUUCCAACCCAAAUUUUGCAGUUUCUGUGAGCUCAGAGUCAGCAUUCUAUAAUCAUCCACCUCAGUAUAGCUGCCAACAAUGAAAUUUUUAGAUAAGAUUGUAAUCAUUUAUGACUACUACUACUUUAUAAGUUCCCUUUGA